ACAUCCCACAGCACCGCUCACCAUGCAGGGCCCCCGCUGCUGCCUCCUGCUAUUCCUCUGCCUGCUGCCACUGCCUCUGCACGCCACCAGCCCGGAUGACUCUCAGAAACCACUGCCACUGCCAUUCAGCACCUCUGACCCUACUGCCCAUCUGCUGCGCGGCCGUCCCUCGGCCCCAGUGCGGCCCUACAGCCUCUCGCUCUCCCCCGAGGACUACCGCUACGCUCCCAAGCCUCGCCACCUGCGGCCCGGCCGACUGCGCCGGCUGCUGGGCCCGGCCUUUGACCCCUUCUGGAUGUCGUCUGAAGAGCCGUUAGGCCGAAACCUCAGCGCCAAGGAAGAUCUGGAAACCAUGAGCCGGGAGCUGGUGGAGGGCGGCGGGCGGUACCGUCGCAAGCUGUGGAGGGAGGUGGAGGGGAUGGAGCUGCCUCCUGAGCUGCCCGCCGACAUGGCGCGGCCCCUACGGCGCUGGCUGGUGGAGAGAGCCUUGUGCCGUCUCACCUCCACGUGGGUGGACCUGGGACCCGUCUUCUGGCCCCGCUGGGUGCGGCACACCGCCUGCAGGACCGGCCCUCCCGCCUGCUCGUGGCCCCUAGGCAUGGCCUGUCACCCGGCCCAGCUCGCUCACCUCAAGCUGCUGGCCUGGCACUGCUGGGCUGCCCGGCCCCCCGGCCCCCUGCACUGCGCCUGGCGGAAGAUCCCCUAUCCUGUGGUGGUGGCCUGCAAGUGCUCCUGCCGCUGAAGGGAUGGGGAAAUAAAGGGCUGAAAGCCAAGCAGGCCUCUUACGGGUGUUUGAUUGCGGAGGUGGGUGUGGGGUGGAUUUGGCUGCAUGUGGAUCCCAGUGGGGCUAGGUUCAUGAUGGGGUGGUGCAGGUGUGAGAAUCAUAGAAUCAUUCAGAUUGGAAAGACCACUGAGAUCAUCAAGUUCAACCAUCAGCCCAUGACUGUGACCAUACAUGUCUGUGGGAGCAGAGCUGAGGAGCAACAAAGCCACGGGGAGAGGUGGGUUGAACCUCAGGGUGGUCACCAUUGUGGGUUGGAAGAGGGGCAGGCUUGGGACUGGACUGUGGUGGUAUAGUGAGGGUGGGUGGAGAUGUGAGCCCAGGGCUGGAAGUGUCCACGUGCAUCUGAGAGUGGGAUGGGGGUCUGAUAUCUUAAUGUACAACAGGAGUGAUGGGGGACCCACAGCUAUCCUGUAGCAGUAGUGCAGAGGGUGGCAACUCAGGACAGGGGUGGAUCCAUCUGGGAUGGAUCAUUCUAGGAAACAGCCUGGAGAGGCAGCACUUACCUCUGCAUCUCACUGAGGAAAAAAAAAAAGUCCUCCACUUUCUGGUCUAAAAGCCGUAAAGAGCCACAAACCAGCCCUACACCUUGCAGAAAUACAAGCCAGAGGGUUUGCCUGGGAAUAAAGCACUACCUCCUGCAGUCGAUGACGGCUGUGCUAUUCAUUUCCAGCCUGACCCAUGUGCCUUCCUGGCGCUGCGGCUCCUGAUGCUGUGCAGCCUGAUGCAGAGCUUGGCCUUGAUGCAGCGAGAGAGGCCAAGCAAACAUUCCCUUAAGCUCUUAGUGCUGUCACAUUUAAAAACCGGAGUUUAUUUCCCACUUUUGUGUGGUCAUGGAGCCUAACUUGAUGCAGCUUGUUCUGCAGAUGGACCCUGGUUUCCAUACCAGCCUCCUUCAUACAGUCAUUGCUCCAGUUUGAGUCAGAUACGGUCACACCCUGCAUAACACUCAGAUCAGCACGGGGACAGAUAGAAGGACACACAUCUUGAUUCAAAUAAAGCCAUGCUCAGAUGCCCAGGAGCCAUGUGUGCCUGCAUGAGCACAAAUCACCGCCACUAAAGCACAGUUUGGAGGAACAAAUCCAGAGCUUUCAGCUGUCUGUGUGUUCUCUGCUGCAUGAAAAUUGUGCACAAUGGAGAGGAAUUACAAGUUUCUGUCACCUGCUCUGUUUCUGGCCUCAAAUUUAAACCCUCACGGCCAGCUGCUAGGCUGUGGCAUGUAAGAACCAGAUCCCAGGGUAAGAGCCCGGUGGUCAGGCUGGAGGACCUCUGAGCACCCUCACCUAGCUGUAAGUGUCCCUGUUCAUUGCAGGGGAGUUGAAACAGGGCCCUUCCAAUUCAAAUGAUUCUGUGGUGAGGGUAGUGGGCAGAGCAUAAGAGCUGGCCCAGAGCACCAAGCAAGAAAGCCUUUGCUCUCUCUCAGACUGGCUGCUGGUGGCAUGGGUAGCCAAAGGCUGAUGAAUAACCUGAGAAAUUCUCCUGCCCUGGUGGGGAAUUACUGUGGGGUCACAUUUCAGAACCUGCAGGAUGGGCACUGAGGAACCAGACAACCUCAGGCAGACCAGCAGCAUCACAUUUCCACCUGCGGAAGGGGAGAGGAGCACUUCAAUGCCCAGACUGAG